UGGGUUUUUCAUGUAUGAUUUUCGUCAAACAAUUGGUUUGGUUACUGAUUGAUCUUUCAGCAAACAUCCUAAAUCACUAGCCAGUGUAGACUCGAACAACAUAGAAUUGAUUGCCUCUCGUAAUCAUUUUCGCAGACACAAAACAAAGGGCUGCGGCAAUUAAACAAUAAUUCAUCAUGGGCUCCAUAACAGCAACGGAUGAGCUUCCAGCUCUCCGCUCCCAACCCAAGAUCAUCUUCUUCACAGACUUUGACGGAACAAUAACGGUGCAGGACUCCAAUGACUGGCUGACGGACAACCUCGGCUACGGUCGCGAGAAGCGGCGCACGGCCAACAUUGACGUGCUCGAGGGCCGCGUCGACUUCCGCGACGUCUUCACGGGCAUGCUGGAGUCGGUCCCCGUGCCCUUCAACGAGUGCGUCAACCUGCUGCUCGAGAACGUCAAGCUCGACCCGGCGUUUGCGCGCUUCUACGAGUGGUGCCGCGACAACAAUGUCCCCAUCGUCAUCCUCAGCGGCGGCAUGCGCCCCAUCAUCCAGGCCCUGCUGCGGAAGCUGAUUGGGGAGGAGGCCGUCAACAACAUCCAGAUUGUGAGCAAUGACGUCGCUGUCAGGAAGGGCAAGACCAGCAUGGAUGAGCCCAAUGGCUGGGAGAUUGUGUUUCAUGACGACAGCGGCUUCGGGCACGACAAGUCGAUUGAGAUUCGCAAGUACUCGAGCCUCAAGGAGAAGCCAGUUAUGCUGUACGCUGGUGAUGGUGUGUCGGACCUGUCUGCUGCAAAGGAGACAGACUUGCUGUUUGCCAAGGAGGGCCGUGACCUCGUCAAGUUUUGUGAGACCGAGAAGGUGCCUUACACAACCUUUUCCGACUUUUCAUCUAUCCUGGAGACAGUCAAGGACUUGUCAGAUGGCAAGUUGAGCGUCAAGGAUGUGGCAAAGAAGUUUGAUUAAAGGAUGGUCAGGGUUUAAACCACCAGCGAGCAUGGGGUUAAAAUGCAGACGGUAAAGAAUACAUUGGACCUCGUUAUUUUGAGAAUUGACGGCAUCCACUUCUAUACAGAGCGAUAUACCGUCACGAUAGACUAUGAUAGAAUGAGAAUAAACGAAUGGAUAAAAAUCCGAUCUCGACUUGCCCACUCGAAGCUGAGACC